AUGCUUUUCUUUUCCACCAGCAAGGCCGACCUGGGCUUGACGCUCAUCGUGGCAGCAGUCCUCUCGCUUCUCACCCUUGUUAUCUUCAAGCUCGACAACGACGUCAAGUUGCUCGAGUACAACAAGGAUAUGAGACAAGGAAACUGUAAGGUGUUGUCGGCAGAGCUGCAGCAUGUGUCAGUGCCGCAAGGUCCCCCCGAUGUUGAUAUCCCCGACGAGGACAAGUGGCGAGGAGAGGUGAUAGUGGAGGUCGACCCUGGCGACGGAGCAAACUCCUUCCAGGUCCCAGUGCACGACACGUUGGAAGGACAGUUCUCCUCAGUCAAGGAGUAUCAGGAGCAGUGGUUGCAGCGGCACCAAGAGGGGAAGCAAGAGGUUUGCUACUACGGCAUGUUCCACGGGCACAUGGCGGCAGUGUUCGACCUGCAGGCUGCGUUGACCAAGGUGAACGGCAGCUGGGGAGAGGACCACAGCUCGUUCAGCAUGCACGUGGCCAAGGUUGUAGUCGGGUUCUUCGCGCUGCUGUUCGUCGGCCUCGUGUUGAUCAAACUUCUAGUCGGCAAAUGGGAUUCGCCCGAAGAUGAGGAGUAUCAGCAGCUGCGAGAGGAUAAAGAGGAUGCUGUCCCUCCUUACGGGUCCGACGGGACGCGAGGAGGAGGGGAGGAGGAGCGGCUGCAGCGGGUUGUGGUGGACCUGCAGGAGGAGAGGAGAGGGAAUGUCGAGACAGGGCGAUCGUUGAUACUGCAAGGAGGGACGCCUAGAUCGGAUGGGUUGGAAGAGGUUCCUUUGCCGAGAUGA